AUGUAUAUAUAUGAAAUAACUCAAACGUGAAACUGCUUGAAACUGAUCAUAACAGGAACAGGAUAAAAGGAGGAAUGCGGUCGUUUUUGGGUUAAAAUACUGUGUAGUAUUGAGUUAUGUUGGUUUUGAUUUUUCUGUUUCAAAUAUUUGGCCAAAGCGUUUGUCAAAAUGUAACCAGACCCAACAUUGUGAUGGUGAUGAGUGAUGCAUUUGAUGGGCGAUUGACCUUUUACCCUGGGAGUAAUGUUGUGCAGUUGCCCUUCAUAAACUACCUCAGGGAGCUUGGUGCCACCUUCCUGAAUGCCUACACCAACUCUCCCAUCUGCUGCCCCUCAAGAGCAGCCAUGUGGAGUGGUCAGUUUGUUCACCUUACUCAGUCUUGGAACAACUACAAGUGCCUUGAUGCCAAUGCAACAACAUGGAUGGACUUGCUGAAGGUGAAUGGGUAUCACACUAAGAUGGUGGGCAAGCUGGACUACACCUCAGGGAGUCACUCUGUCAGCAAUCGAGUGGAGGCCUGGACACGAGAUGUUCAGUUCCUCCUUCGUCAAGAAGGCCGACCCAUUGCACAACUUGUUGGGAAUAUGUCAACAGUAAAGAUCAAGAAAGAAGACUGGAAAAACACUGACUUGGCUGCCCAGUGGAUCCGCCAGAGAGCUGCUUCCUCACAACAGCCUUUUGCUCUUUAUCUUGGCCUAAACUUACCUCAUCCCUAUAAAACUGAAUCCCUGGGGCCCACUGCAGGGGGCUCUACCUUCCUUACCUCACCAUACUGGUUGACAAAGGUAUCUUCAGAUCUGGUUUCUCUUCCUAAAUGGCUUCCCAUGACUGCCAUGCACCCCGUUGACUACUACUCCACCUUCACCAAGAACUGCAGUGGUGUUUUCUCUGAGCAGGAAGUCAAAAGCAUUCGGGCCUUCUAUUAUGCCAUGUGUGCUGAAGCCGAUGCAAUGCUGGGCCAGGUCAUUUCAGCACUGAGAGAAACCUGCCUGCUUAACAACACUGUUGUAAUCUUCACGGCUGAUCAUGGAGAGCUGGCUAUGGAGCAUAGGCAGUUCUACAAGAUGUCCAUGUUUGAGGGCAGCUCCCAUGUUCCUCUGCUCAUCAUGGGCCCGGGCUUGAAAUCUGGAGUGCAGCUCAAUCAAAUGGUGUCUUUGGUCGAUCUCUACCCAACUAUACUUGACAUUGCUGGUAUUUCAGUGUUAGGUAACCUCAGUGGCUACUCGCUGCUUCCUCUUCUGUCUAAGUCCAGUGGUUUUCCCCAGACGCGACAUCCAGACUGGGUUCUGAGUGAAUAUCAUGGCUGCAAUGCCAACGCAUCUACAUAUAUGCUGAGAGCUGGCCAGUGGAAAUACAUUGCCUAUGCAGAUGGUCUGAGUGUCCCUCCUCAGCUUUUUGACCUCACUUUGGAUAAGGAAGAACUUCACAAUCUCGUUUUUAAGUUCCCUGAUGUCCAGGUCCUUCUGGACAGGCUGUUGCGUAGUAUUGUAGACUAUCCAAAAGUCUCCGCUACUGUCCAUCUCUACAGUAAGAAGGCAUUUGGUGCCUGGCGCAAUAGUCUUGGGACAAACUACAGCCAUGUCAUCGCUAACCUCAGAUGGCAUGUGGAUUGGCAAAAAGAUGUGCUAGCCAAUGAGAAGGCUAUUGAUAGGUGGCUCUAUGGCUUUCAGUGACAUGUAUACUGUUUUGAUUGUAAGGACAAAUAAUCAUAAG